UAAGUAAAGAGGAUACGGUGUGACUCAGAGAAAAAAAAAACUGAAUAAAUCAGAAAUAAUAGGAAGAUAAAUACAAAUUUGUAAAAAAAAAAAAAAAAAAAGGAAAAUUGAGAUCCGUACUAUGUCCGAUACUGAGCACCAAGGAGCGACGCCGCGAAGCUACUAGGGUUUCUGUUUUCUUCUGAUCAUCCGUCUUCGUCCCUGUUUCAGGUGACUCGCAAGGGUUGCUGGGAUGUUAUAAAGAUCUGUUUAGGAUUUUACUUUAAAGAGUUAGUGAACAAAAAGAAAUGGAUGAUGAUAAUGGGCUUGAGCUCAGCUUGGGUCUCUCAUGUGGUGGAGGGAAAGCUAAGGGUGCUAAUAACAAUGCUGGAACCUCCUCGGAGAAUCAUCAUCACAAUGUAGAAGGAGAUAAUAGAAGCGCUAAAGUGAUUGAUGACUUCAAGAACUUCCUUCAUCCUACUUCUUCUCAAAGACCAGCAGACCCGAGUUCUGAACCUCCUCCUCCUCCUCCUCCUCAGAAUUUCUUCAACGACCUCUCCAAAGCUCCUGUGUGGGUGGAGGAUGAGACGCUGAGAGAAGCAGGAAGCGGCAAAAGAAAGUUCGAAAAGAAGAAAGACAAUAAUGUUGGUCUGCACGAGAAGAAGGCAAAGGCAUCCCAUGUUUCGAACGCGACGGAUGAAGGAUCAACAGCUGAUAACGAAGAUGUUGCAGAAUCUGAAGCAGGUUCUUCUUCCAACCUCGCUAAGGAUGUGGCGGCUCGUCCAACAGCUGAUACGGAUAGCAUAGCUGGUCAAAGGAAGAGUAACCAUGUUGGCUCAGGUGCUGAAGAAUUUACUGCAAACCGCAACAUUAGUUACAACGUACCUUUCACGGUUCAUCCACAUAAUGUCAUCACUGGUUUACCUUACUCACUACCGGGGAAAGAGUCUGGACAACAUGGUGGAGGUACUAGUGUAACGCAGCCUGCUACUGGGAAUCUCCCGGUUAUGUUCGGAUACUCACCGGUUCAGCUCCCUAUCCUGGACAAGGAUGGUUCAGGAGGGAUCGUCCCGCUUUCUCAGUUAAGAGGCCCAUCAAACUCAGCUACCGCGAAAGGCGAGGGGAAACAGCCGGUUGCAGAGGAAGGCUUAUCAGAGGAUGCUGCAUCAGAACGACCAGCAGGAGACACUAACAACAUCAGUACAGCCUUCUCUUUCGACUUUUCGGCCAUAAAACCAGGAAUGGCAGCUGAUGUCAAGUUCGGAGGAUCCGGUGCGCGUCCUAACCUCCCCUGGGUCUCAACCACAGGCUCAGGCCCUCACGGUCGAACGAUCUCUGGUGUGACUUACAGGUACAACGCAAACCAGAUCAAGAUAGUAUGCGCUUGCCACGGCUCACACAUGUCGCCGGAGGAGUUUGUAAGGCACGCAAGUGAGGAGUAUGUUGGCCCUGAGUCAUCCAUCGGAAUCUCGGCUGCCUCUGCUCAUACCUGAAUAAGUCAGCCGGAGAAAUGUGUUUGAUGUUUUGUAAAACAAUAUGGAAAGGGGUUUUGUAAAACUCAGUGCCAAAGUUUUAACGGCGCUUUCCGCUGUGUUUGUUGUAAUCUCUCUCUCUCUCUGCUUUGCUUGUUUUGUUACUUAUUUCAACAUUUGUCUCUUCCCUUAUGUGUACUACUAGUGUUUGUAGUUUUGUAACCUCUUCUCUUCUUUUUUUUUGGGUUCAAAUAAAUGUUUAAAUUGCUUUUA